GUGUGAGAUUGUCCGGCGCACGGUGCAGCCUUCACGCCGCCCCCAUCCCUCUCUCUCUGUCUCUCUGUCUGUGUCUCUCUGAGAGAGACUGUCUCCCUAUCCCUCCCUCGCCCUGCCUUCAGAGCGACCGUCCCGGGGGAGUGCUCCUUUCCCCCGCACCGUGGAGACCCUGGUCAAGGUGGAGAGGGGACCUGAACACCACACACACACACACACACGGCGCCGGGAGGAUGGAGUGUAAUGGAGGUUUCAUCGAGGAUGAGGACGUGAAAGCCAUGCUCCGGGGCAGCUACCUGCAGAAGAUCAAGUCGAGCUCGUGGAUGAAGUCCCGAUUCUACAAGCUGCAGGAAGAUGUUCGCACCGUGUGGUACGACUCCCAGAAGAUCCUGAAAUCGGCCAGGAGCCAAAUCUUCUCGAUCGAUGACAUCCAGGAGGUGCGGCCCGGCCACCAGUCGGAGGGCAUGCAGCGCUACGCCAUGGAGAUCCCCACCGACCGCUGCUUCACCGUCAUCUUCAAGGGCAGGAAGAAGAACCUGGACCUGGUGGCCAGCGACGCCAAGGAGGCCCUGCACUGGAUCGAUGGCCUCACCAAGCUGAAGAAGAGGGACUCCACCAUGAACAAGCAGGAGCGGCUCGACCAAUGGUUCCAGAUUCACCUGCAGAAGGCCGACAUGGACAAGGACAACAAAAUGACCCUGAAUGAAGUGAAGCGUUUCAUGCAAAUGAUGAACAUUCACGUGGACGAUAUGUACGCAAAGGAACUAUUCACGAAGAGCGACAAGUCGAAAGACGGGAGCCUCAGCGGCAAGGAGAUCGAGGAGUUCUACAAGCUGGUGACGGAGCGGGAGGAGAUCACCACCAUCUUUAACUCCUACAGCAACAAGGACCACCUGAUGAGCAUGGAGAAGCUGACGGAGUUCCUACGUAAGGAGCAGAGGGAGAACGCCACCCAGGAGUACGCGGCGAAGCUCAUCAAGAGCUACGAGAUAAACGUGGAAGCGAGGGACGAUUUAUUCAUGACCAAGGACGGCUUCCUGUUCUUCCUCAUGUCGCCGGAAGCGGAUAUUUUCAACGCGGAUCACAACCAGGUUUACCAGGACAUGACCAAGCCGCUCAAUCAAUAUUACAUCUCGUCCUCGCAUAACACCUACCUGACCAAGGAUCAGAUAGAGGGACCCAGCAGCAUCGAGGCCUACAUCAGUGCAUUGAACAGAGGCUGCCGCUGCGUGGAGCUGGACUGCUGGGAUGGGAAGAAUGGAGAACCCGUCAUCUAUCACGGAUACACCUUAACCUCAAAGAUCCUCUUCAAGGAUGUCAUCCAGAUCAUCGAUGCUUAUGCCUUUAAGACCUCACAGUACCCUCUCAUCCUGUCUCUGGAGAACCACUGCGACGUGGAGCAGCAGAACGUCAUGGCCCAUCAUCUGAAAACCAUCCUGGGGAACAAGCUGCUAACCAGGACUAUGGACGGAAAAGUCCCCACUCACUUCCCCUCCCCUGAGCAACUGAAGGGCAUGAUCCUGGUGAAGGGCAAGAGGCUGAACCGUCUGGAGGAUGACGAGAGCGGGUCGGCGGAUGAGGUGUCCGACGAGGACGAGGCUGCUGACAUGGAGGGGGGCGAAGAGGAGAAGGAGAAGGAGAAGGCGAAGAAGGUCAAGCUGUCCAAGGAGCUGUCGGACCUGGUCAUCUUCUGCAGGAGCGUCCACUUCAACGGGUUUGAAGAUGCCACCGCCAACCAGGUCUUCUACGAGAUGUCCUCCUUUGUGGAAAACAAGUUCAAUAAACUGGUGCAGGACACGGGUACCCCCUUCGCCCAGCUGAACGCCCGGCAGCUGAGCAGGAUAUACCCGGCUGGCCUGAGGACAGACUCAUCCAAUUACUCCCCCAUUGACAUGUGGAAUGUUGGCUGCCAAAUAGUGGCCCUGAACUUCCAGACUCCAGGAGAGGAGAUGGACGUCUACCAGGCCAAAUUCCGUGAGAAUGGUUUUGCCGGCUACAACCUGAAGCCAAAGUUCCUCCGAGAGAAGAAGCCGACCUUCGACCCCAAGAACGUGCAGAAAGGGGCGUGGCUGGACCGCAAGAAGCUGCACGUGAUGAUCAUCUCGGCCCAGCAGCUGCCGAAGUCCAACAUGGCCAAGCCCAGGUCAGCCGUGGACCCCCUGGUAACCGUGGAGGUGUACGGUGUCAAAGAGGACAACAGCCAGCAAGUAACGGAUCACAUCGACAACAACGGCUUCAACCCCAUGUGGAACACCUCCUUCCAGUUUGACGUGUCGGUCCCUGAGUUAGCCAUCAUCCGGUUUCUGCUACAGGACUACGAUAUCUCAUCCAGGAACGACUUCAUCGGGCAGUUCAGCCUGCCCCUCACCAGCAUUCAGCUAGGGUACCGCCACAUCCACCUGCUGUCCAUGAACGGUGACCCGCUGCCGUCUGCGUCCCUCUUUGUCCACAUCAUGAUCGAGUGAGUGAGUGAGUGUGAGUGAGUGAGACCCCCCGUGGCCACUGUCUCCUCCAGGGAGGGGCCGACUGAAGGAGGGGAGCCCCCUCUGCGUGAGUGACGGACAGAGACGCAGGGAGCGGGGCGAGGACUCGAGGGGACUCUUGCAUCUUUGCUUUGUGGGCACGGAGGGGG